AUGGUAGCUGUGAAUGGUGUGGCAAAGAUGUUUGAUACUGAGAUAGAAAAGACAGAGAGAAAACUUAGGAAGGACGCAAAAGCAAAGAAAGCGAAAGAAACAAAAACAGCAUCAACUUCUACGAAAACAAAGGAGGAACCUAAGGAAGAACCAAUGGCAGAAAACAACAAUCAAAUUGUUCGAAGGACAUUGGGGCAUUACAUGACCCCAGCUCGAGCUCCACAGACAGCGAGCAUUGUUAGACCCCAAAUAGAGGCUAACAACUUUGAACUAAAGCCGGCGUUACUGCAACUGAUUCAAAAAGAACAGUUCGCUGGAGGAAGCACAGUGAACCCCUACUGUCAUCUUGAUGACUUCUUACUUUAUUGUGAUAAAUUAAAAGUAAAUGGAGUUUCUCGUGAUGCUAUCUUACUCAGGCUAUUUCCAUGCUCACUGAAAGAUGAAGCAAGAGAUUGGUUGCAGUCUCAAGCUGAAGGAAGCAUAACCAGUUGGGAUGACUUAGCCGCGAAAUUCUUGGCAAGAUUUUUCUCAGCUUCAAAGAUGGCUAGGCUCAAGGUGGAGAUCACAGCUUUCGAACAAAAAGAAAGCGAAUCUUUGUACGAGGCUUGGACACGAUUCAAAGGAUUACUCAGGAAGUGUCCUCAACAUGGAAUUGAAGCAUGGGAGAAUGCAAGAAUCUUUCUCCAAGGGAAGAUAGCCAACACAAGAACAUUGGAGGCUCAUGCAACUGAGGAUUGUGAAUACAUCAAAAACACAGAAAAGCAACAGCAGAGGCCAAUGCACUCUGGUAUGAUCAAAAGAACUCGAACAACCAAGGAAGGAAUCAAUAUGCAACCUCCACUAUCAGAGUGGGAAAAAGCAUUUGCACAGCUGUUCAAGACCACCUCAGACUACAUUCAGAAUUCAAAUUCCUUCAGAGAGGAGACAAGAGCCUCAUUCCGGAAUCAAGAAGCUUCGAUCCGAAACUUGGAGACUCAAAUUGGUCAGCUGUCAAGACAGUUCACUGAAAGAACUCAGGGCACUUUUCCAAGCAACACAGUUGUCAAUCAAAGGGAGCAUUGCAAUGCUAUCACCACUAGGAGUGGGACAGUGAUUCAACCUGUGGAAAAGCCACCAGUUGAAAAGAAGAAAGAAGCUAAACCUGAAGUUGAGAAAGAGAAAGAAGAAGAAGAAUUAGAAGCUGAAAAAUGCAUUCCAGAGAAGAAGCUGUUCAAGUGGGAGAAAAAGAAAGCUCUGGACAGGCAACCAAAAGCGGCAGACCCGUCUCCAUAUGCAAAAGUUCCAUACCCUCAGCGGUUGAAACAAGAGGUCCAGAAACAACGAUACACCAAAUUUCUGGACAUCUUCAAGAAGCUGCAAGUCAACAUCCCUUUUGCUGAAGCUUUAGAGAACAUGCCCAACUAUGCAAGGUUUAUGAAGGAUCUAUUAUCAAGGAAACGUAAGUUGCGGGAAUGUGAGACAGUAAAUCUGACGGAGGAAUGUAAUGCUAUCAGCGAAAAGAAGUUACCUACAAAAGUCAAGGAUCCAAGGAGCUUCAGCAUUCCAUGCACUAUAGGCAAGAGAGAAGUAGACAAUAAGCUGGGGAUAACCGAAGUGAAGCCCACAAAGACGAUAGUGCAACUGGCUGACCGCUCUUCAAAGCAAGCUUAUGGUAUCAUCGAGGACAUAUUGGUUAAGGUAGACAAAUUCAUCAUUCUUGUCGAUUUUGUCAUCCUUGACAUUGAAGAAGAUGCCACAAUUGCUAUGAUUUUUGGAAGACCCUUCUUGGCAACUUCAGGAGCACUGAUUGAUGUACUUAAAGGUGAGAAGAUAUUACGGGUAGACAGAGAACAAGCAACUUUCAAGUUCUUUGACAAAGAAGUCCCCUCAUCUGUAGCUCAACCGGAAGAUCAAGUCUACUACAUUGGUGAAAAGAAAGACGAGCACUAUGGUAGGACACAAUUUCUGAAUGAUGGAGCUUGGUCAUCACCAAGCUUAUGCUUUGAGCCACCAUGA